CGCCGCGCUAUCAGCAAAGUGCAAAGCGCGCUGCUAGUCUUGUUCGUUCGGGCACGGCCUUUUGCUCCGAUGACGGUGUUCGACAUUGCUCUACGCCCCGUCGCCGCCUCCGUGUUCCGCCAGCACUCGCGUCCAUGAGUCUACCUACCUCGAUGCGGCCAUGGGCAAGACGCGCCGUGUCGCCAUCGAGCGGAUGCUGGGUGCAAACAGCUCGUCAUGUUGCAGCUGCCACGACCGGCAUUGGACUGAUCUUGGUCGCACUCUUUUUUUCAGAAAGGCAGCUCUUCAUACAAACACCAAGCUAUUCAGGAAGCAAGGGAUUUAAAACCAAAGUGGAUCCACUUGUGCGGAAGCGAAUCAUUUCGACUUUGGACCGACGACGAUGAAGAUCCAGGCAGCGCUCGCGGUCACCGCGCUCGCGAUGGGCGUCGCAGACGCGGCCUCGUUCCGCAUGAAGAUGGAGAAGGUCGACGACGCGACCUUUGUCGAGAGCGUCAUGUGGCACCAGCCGCGCAGCCAGCGCACGGCCGUGUGGGACCCGACGCAGGCCGACCUCACGGACGACGUCGUGCACGACAGCGGCAGCGUCGUCAUUGAGAACUUCCAGAACGCGCAGUACUUUGGCAAGAUCGAGCUCGGGUCGCCGGGCCAGAGCUUCAACGUCAUCUUCGACACGGGCUCGAGCAACCUGUGGGUGCCCAACCGCGCGUUUGGGGCGCACAAGCACUACAACCACAGCCUCUCGUCGUCGUACAAGGCCAAUGGCACCGACUUCCACAUUCAGUAUGGCAGCGGGCCCGUCUCGGGAUACUUCUCGCAGGACACGCUCAACGUCGCGGGUAUCCAGCUGCAGGACCAGAUCUUCGCCGAGGUCAACGUCACCAAGGGUCUUGGGCCCGCGUACUAUCUUGGUCGCUUUGACGGGAUCUUUGGGCUCGCGUUCGACUCGAUCUCUGUCGGCCACGUCGAGACGCCCUUCCAUCGCAUGCUCGCGACAUUGGACAAGCCCCUCUUUGCGUUCUACCUCGGCACCAACCAGCCGGGUGAGCUCACGUUCGGGGAGCUGGACCCCAAGCACUACACGGGCGAGAUCUCGUAUGUCGAGCUCUCGAGCUCGACGUACUGGCAGAUUCCGCUGGACGGCGUCACGGCCGGCGACCAAGCCAUUGCGAGCAACGUCCAGUGCAUUGUCGACUCUGGCACAUCGCUGCUUGCAGGCCCAAAGGCCGAGAUCAAGAAGCUCGCCAAGGAGGUCGGCGCCCACGCGUUCAUUAUGGGCGAGUACCUCAUCCAGUGCGACUCGCCGGGUCCCGAUAUUACGUUUACGGUCGGCGGCAAGGCGUAUACGCUCACGAAGCAAGAGUACAUCAUCCGCAGCGGCCCCGUCUGCCUCUUUGCGUUCAUUGGCCUCGACAUUCCCGGCAACCCGCUCUGGAUCCUCGGCGACGUCUUCAUGCGCAAGCACUACACGGUCUUCGAGUGGUCCACGACCGGCAAGCCCCGCAUUGGCUUUGCCAACGCUGCAUAAAAUUCGUAGCAUGUUGCAUCCAUAUCUUUGCC